GCGGAGCGCGCGCGCUCCCGGCUCCAGCCGCUGCCUCCGUCCUCUCGCCGCUCUCAGCCCCGACGGUAAACUCACCCCGGGAGGAAGAGCCAGGCUUCGCCGGGAGAGAGGAGUGGUUUCUCCCUGGCUGACCUUAGUGAGAAGAGGGCCAGCAGAAGCAUGCGUCUAGAGAGCAAAGACGGCCAGCUGGCCUCCGGCGUGCUGGAGAUGGAGAUACAUCAGACGUCUGCGCCCGCGAGUGCUGGCCGGGGCGGGCCGGGGCUGGUGGGGCCCCACGCCAGCAACCCCAGGCCACAGCGGGGAGUCAGCCAGGCAGACCCGCUGGGCCCCCACCCCCGGGGGGCAGCCGGGCGGAGCUGCCGGGCUGCCGUGGACCCGGAUUUGGGCUCGUUCCUCAUGGAGCAGAGGUCUCGCUCUCCUUUACCCCCGUUCUUCAGCACCAAGUCUAAAGACCCCUGCUUUACAGAAAACACUCCUUUGCUGAGGAAUUUCUCACAAGAGAAAGGGUGA